ACAAAUACUUGUAAUAGCAAAUUACUCUCUACUGUUCAUCUUUCCAAUCUCUCUUCUUACAUCAAAACUUUCAAAUUUUUUUAUUUUCUUGAUCCCAUCAGAUCAUUUCACUAUUUUAUUUUAAAUGAAGGGAAUCCAACAGAACUAUGGAUUUGACAGUGAGUCCAUUACAACACCAGAAGUACUGCCUGAAUAUUUUCCGCAAAUCUAUUUUGGCACUAUUCAUCAACAAUCUUCUCCGACGGGAUUUUACGACCCACCGGAAAAUUCCUUUCGCCGUCACAAGAGCGCCAUCAUCGGCCAGAUAGGAUCGCCGACGGCCUUUUAUGCAACCGAGCUCUACAUGGGCAUGUCCCAAUCUGAUUUGCAAGAAAAGUUCAAGAAUUCCUAUGAAAGAACAACCUCAGGGAAUGACUUCCUUGGAAAUUCGACGGCUUGGAUUGAACCGGAGAUAAGAACUCAAUGUGGAUCAUACAGACAUCCUUUCAGCAGCUUGUCCGAGAGCGAAAGGAUAUUACAUCUCAAAAGUAAGCUCCUCGGAAAUCUCGAAGAUCCAAACUUGAGAAGCAAUUCGUCGUCGUUUGAUCCACAUAAAAGUCUCCAAAUCUUACAAAACACGUGCUCGCCUCAAUCCGGACAUAUGAAGCAGCUCGGAAUAAGAACUCCGGGAUGCCUUUCGACGGCGCCAGCUGGCGCUAUUUCAUCAUCACUCAAGACACGAAUCCGGUGGACUCAAGAUCUUCACGACUGGUUUGUAGAAUGUGUGGGUAGACUAGGAGGCCCCGACAAGGCGACGCCGAAGGCGAUACUUAAACUGAUGGAUACCCGAGGACUCACAAUCUUCCAUGUCAAAAGCCAUUUGCAGAAAUAUCGAAAUGCCAAGUACAUACCCGAAUCGAUAGAAGGAAAAUCUGAGAAGAAGACCACGACAAAUAAUGCAGCGCAGAUCGAUCUCAAGACUGGAGCGCAACUAAAGGAGGCGCUACAACUACAAUUAGAUGUCCAAAGGCGCCUUCACGAGCAAAUAGAGAUACAAAGGAACUUACAAUUAAGGAUUGAGGAGCAAGGCAAACAGCUUAAAAUGAUGUUUGAUCAGCAGCAAGAAACCACGAGAGGUCUUAUGGAGACAAGAAAUUCGAGGUUACCUAACGACAUUCCCGGUGCAAUUGAAGAUCCAGAGGUUCUUGUUUUAGAUGGCUCCGACGAUGAUAUGGUCUUUCCAUCCAAGAUAAGCUAAGAUAUAUAUAUAUAUAUCGAUAGAUAAAUUAGUGAUUUUCGGCGAAGCCCAUUAGCCUCAUCUGUGUAAUGAGUUCGAUGUGAUCAAAUUAUGUCUUAGGACAAAAUCAAUUACAGCAAUAAUUAAGUAUAAAAAUUGAUCAGGAUUUAGCCUUGUUCUGAACAUACUUGUGGCUUCAUCAUCUCUUGUGAUGAUAUAAGUUUUUGUUCUUUUCUCCGACAUUGUAUGAACCAAUUUGCCAAGAGAAAUUGAGGAUGACAUAGUAAUAUUGUAAUUGUAGUAAUACUACUUUGCACAAGGAAGAGGAGUGUUUGU